UGCGAGCGCUCAGAGUGUCUGGAGCUAGGACAGGUCAGGACAGAUCAGGGAUAGCUCCAGUGCGCCACAGAGGGAGGGAGAGAGACAAGGCAGGUACACGCAGAGAGAGGCAGGGGGAACCGGGGAGGAGUGUGGAGUCAGGUGCAGAGACAGGGCGCUGAGCUCUCACUGACGCAGCAGAAAGCUCGGUGAAGAAGAGCAGGACAAGGGCAGGAAGAGAGGAGAGAGGGAGCGAGGCAGAGAGUGGCACAGGUGCAGGGCAGGAGACGGGCCCUGUGUCGAGCAUGUGGCUGCCGGCGGCCGUGUGUCUGUCCUGCCUGCUGUGGGGCGGGGGGCUGGCGCAGAGCAGCGCCACGCUGCGGAGGGGUAACGACCAAAACGGGCGCUGCCACUACACCUUCACCGUGCCAAGCCCUGAGGAGGGCACCUGCCCUUCCCCCCCCGGCCAGGAGGGGGCGCUGCAGCGCCAGGAGCUGGACGGGCUGAAGACGCGGAUGGCGCUGCUGGAGGCGCUGGCGAGCCGCUGGGCAGGGGGCAGCGAGGAGGGGGCCCGGGGGCAGAGGGGGCUGCAGGCGGCGUACAGCCAGGCGCUGCAGGAGAAGAGGGAGCUGCAGAGAGCCAGAGAUGGGCUGGACAGGCAGGUGCAGGAGCUGCAGCGGGCGCUGGACGCGCUGAGGAGGGAGAACGAGAAGCUGCAGGCCGGAGAGUGCGCCCCCCAGGCCGCCACGCUGCAGGACAGCGGCCAGAGACCCCCCAGCGGAUCUAACCUAUUGUCCAGCCUGGUGGCCCAGCCCAGAGGAUCAUCCGAAUCCCCCAGUGGGGUGAGAGACCCCGCCUGGCACUUCAGCGUGCCAAGGUACCAGGAAUUCAAGGCAGAGGUGACAGAGGUGCCUGCGUCUCGACUCCUCCCAGCAGGCUCAGGGCCAGGCCCUGCCCCUGCUGAAGGCGACACAGGCUGCGGCGAGCUCGUCUGGGUGGGAGAGCCGAAGACCCACCGCAAGGCCGACAGCAUCGCGGGCAAGUACGGCGUGUGGAUGAAGGACCCCUUCCCCGUGGCCCCCUACGGCCCGGAGACCGUGUGGCGCGUCGACACGGUGGGCAGCGAGGUGCGCCAGCUGUUCGGCUACGAGGACGAGGAGCAGCUGGCGCGUGGCUUCCCCACCAAGGUGCUGCUGCUGCCGGAGCCGGUGGAGAGCACGGGCGCCGCGCUGUACCGCGGCUCGCUCUACUACCAGCGCCGCCGGAGCCGCACGCUGCUGCGCUACGACCUGGCCACCGAGAGCGUGGCCGCGCGCCGCGAGCUGCCGCACGCCGGCUUCCACGGCCAGUACCCCUACUCCUGGGGCGGCUACACCGACAUCGACCUGGCCGCGGACGAGAAGGGCCUCUGGGCGAUAUACAGCACCAGCAAGGCCAGGGGCGCCAUCGUCAUCUCCCGGCUGGACCCCAACACUCUGGAGGUGCAGAGAAGCUGGGAAACCAACAUCCACAAGCAGUCGGUGGCCAACGCCUUCAUGAUCUGCGGCACGCUCUACACCAUCAACAGCUACACCUCCCCCGACACCACUGUCAACUACAGCUUCAACACUGAGAGCGGCCUGAGCAAGCCCGUGGCUGUGCCCUUCCGGAACCGCUACCGCUACAACAGCAUGGUGGACUACAACCCCACCAGCAGGAAGCUGUACGCCUGGGACAACUUCCACAUGGUCAGCUACGAGGUGCGGCUGGAGAGCAGGCAGGGCCACUGAGCUACACACAGGGACGCUCCAACGUACGCCAUCCGACACACCACAUGAGAACCCACAUGCAAGGGGAUGGCCGCGCAUGCACAGACACACCUCGCGUCCCGUCACACGUCACACAAGACCACGCCACACUCCUCCCACCUUCAGGCAUCUCCUCUAUCUGCAGAUUUCUAGUUCAGUGCCUCCAUUAAAGACUCCGAGCUGCUCUCGCCCUCCCUGGACAGGCUUUAUCAGAUUAACUACCAGAUCUAUCAACUCUUCCCAUCUCCAUGGCACAAGCAGGUUCAGAGAAACUGGCAGCGACGACCAGACUGCCAGCCGAGAUGAGGGCCGUUGGUUUGGAGAAAGCGGAUGAUCAGAGCAGGAGCAGGUGGCGAGCGGGAGAUGGGCCAUGCUCGCAGGCCGUGCAUUUCAGAUGAAUUAUUUUUCUAUGAUGUUCGUUUGUCUGUUGUGUGAGUGUUUAGCAUACAGCAUUGAUGGGGUGGGGGAAGAAAGAGAGAGGAAAGGGGUCCGGGUUUCAAGAAACAGGGCGAGGCGUAGCGAGUUAACUGCAUGAAUGCUUGGCCCUGACAAAUGGCUGCUGUCAGAUCCAAGACUCUUCUAAUUAGACAAAUUUAACAGGACAGCACCCUUGCAGUCUCAGUGUACAAAAUGGUCAGUCCCUCCCAACACACAGUCCAUUUGGCAAAAUGUAUGUACAAAUAAUAUGUACACCUGGACAAGUGGAUAUAUACAUGCAUCACCCAUAGGUUUUUGACAACUAAACAUGAUAUCCUAUUAAUGACAUCGUAUUAUUCAAGUUUGCAGAAUCUCGCUAUUCACAAUGAUAGUAUCUUGCUAGCAGCCUCAUUGUCAAAUCUAUCCUGAUCAGUCUGUGCUGCUAAGUGUGGGGCGUGAUUUCAAAAAUGAUUUGCUCAUGUGAAGCAAUGCACUGAAUCUAUAAACGAUGUACAGUUGCUUGCAAGAAAACACUUCAAUUAGUGUUUAAAGAUAACUUUUCCCUGAACUGACUUAAAUGUGUUAAGCUGCUCUGAGCAACACCAUGAAACUCAAGCAAACCUUAAAGGUUAAACUUGUUUUUUUUUAACCAACUACUGCUCACUUCAGCCAAGCAGUGCUGACAACCCUUCUCUUUCAAACUCUGCCCCCACCACUGCUGACAGGAGCAACGCCACUAGUGUUGACACCCGUUCUACAAGGCGGUAUCAAGACUUGCUUUUUCCUGCGUGUCUUAAUUUAAUACUGAAUUCUGUAUAGAUUUAUAUGCUGGAAAAGGAAAAAUAAAGAGUAUGUAUACUUAUCCAAUC